AUGCCUGUGGCACGAGGCGCCAAGAAGCCGGGUCCCGUCGACUCCGACUCUGACGACGAUGGUCUCGUCUCCAAAAAGCCGACCAAAUCGUCCACCUAUUCGGUUCCUACCGGCAACAAGAAGCAGUACAAGGACGGGUUCAAGGACUCCGGCGGGCUGGAGAACCAGUCGGUGGAGGAGCUCGAGAACUACGCGGCGUACAAGGCCGAGGAGACCACAGACACGCUCAACGGCUGCCUCCGUAUCGCUGAGAACAUCAAGGAGGAUGCCACCAACACGAUGAUAACCCUGCAGAAGCAGGGCGAGCAGAUCAGCAGGACCCACGAGAAAGCCGUCGAGAUCGACCAGGACCUCACCAAGGGUGAGGGUCUCCUUAAUAGCCUUGGAGGGUUCUUCUCCAAGCCAUGGAAGCCCAAGAAAACAAAGAAGAUCAAGGGGCCAGUGUCGCGAGAUGAUUCCUUCAAAAAGAAGGUGAACCGAAUGGAACAGAGGGAUAAGCUAGGGCUGAGCCCUCGAGGGAAGGGGAAUACCCGCGAGUACGGCGAAGCCACAAGUGCCAUGGACAAAGUUCAGUUGGAGAAGAAAAAGCAGGAUGAUGCCCUCGACGAUCUCAGCGGCGUGCUGGGGCAGCUCCAGGGCAUGGCUGUUGACAUGGGAUCAGAGCUUGAUAGGCAAAACAAAGCACUCGAUGAUAUGCACGGCGACGUGGAAGAACUCAACUCCAGGGUGAAGCAAGCAAACCAGCGUGCCCGCAAGAUUCUCGCCGAUUAG